AUGAACUCAUACUCCUGUUUGUCGCUGGCAGUUAUAUUACAGUUUGCCUCUGCUCAAGUUCUGUCGUACGAUGGCUCACAGCUCAUCUCUUCACCAGCUUUUCAGAAUUUCAACGGGAAUCGUCAAAAUUUAAACAGCAUUUCAAAUGCUAACAACAUUGGCUUGGCAACGAAUAAUAUACUGCCAAUGGCCAAUAUAAAUGCUGCAAAUAAUAUAAUAAACGCCAACCAAUUGACAAACAUGCCAAUAGGAAACAACUUUGCCAAUGCCAAUUCAGAUGUAUUCAGAAAUAAUUUACUUACCAAUAAUUUUGGUAACAAUUUGGAGGUUAGAAAUUUAUUCAAUAAUAAUUUAGCAAAUUCAGUUGCUAAUUCAAAUUUAGCAAACGCUGUUGCUAAUGCAAAUUUAGUAAAUGCUAAUGUGGCUAAUAUUAAUUUAGCAAAUGGAUACAAUAUUAAUAGUGGUAAAUUUGAACCAGUUAAUAAUCCAACCUUUGCACAAUUGGUGGCGGCACAUAAUUCUGGCGUCCAACUUUUAGCAGACGGUUUACAGGUCGGUGGAGCUCUUCUAAUAAGAGGGCAGUAUCCCAUACAAGGUACUGUAGGAGUGAAUGGGAAUUUAGAAAGCAGAGGAAUGGCAUCCGUUUUAUGUAAUACAUAA